UUGGGUUUCCAGUGCGGGAAGAAUAUAAAAUGCGAAAUAUUUCCGACCAAAAAUUGGCCAGCAUUAUGGAGAACUUCGAGAAGGUCUGGCAGAGGAGCUGCUCCAGCAGCUCCGCCAGUUCUAGCAGCAAGGAUACGAUCCACGAAGUGGGCGACCCCUUUGCGGAGUAUGCCAUCCGCCCAAUGGUGGUCACCAACUGCUCCGAAUAUGUGGUGGCCCAUGCCAGACGCGAACUGCGUCCGGCUCGCCAGUUCACAGAGGUCUCCCUGCUGCCGCACAUUUUGGAGACGAUGAGGAAACUGGGGCUGAACGGACUGCUCCGCCUGCAGAGCUACACAUGGCCCCAUUUGGCCGGAGGAGCCGGACACGGGGCAAUGAUUGUGGGUGCUCCUGGCAGUGGUCGCACCUUUUCGUACGUGCCACCUGUUUGCCAUGCGGUUUGCAAGGCCAUCUCGGAAAGCAGGAGCAAGCUAAGCGGUCUGAAGUCGGGGGCCUGGCAAGCGGAUCAGCAAGGCGCCAAGGUCUUAAUCCUGGUACCCGACCUGCGUCGCGUCCGCCAGGUGAGCGCCCUGUGCCACGCCCUGCUGCGCAAGGCAUACAAGGAGGAGUGGUUCACCCUGACCCUCAAUGUUCCCUCGACCAAGAGUUCGGAGUUCUUCCUGCGGCUCCUGAACGGAGUGGGCUGCCUGGUGGCCACUCCUGCCCAGCUGGUCUGGUUCUGGCAGGAGGCUCCUGGUCUAAUGCGCUUUCCCUGCCUUCAGUUCCUGGUCUACGAUGAUGUGGAUCUGAUGUCCGCCGAGCAGCUGCAGGGCGUCCAGCAGGUGCUGCAGGAGAUCCUGCCCCUAACACACUCUCCCCAAGUGGUGAUGGUGUCCCAGUCAUAUAGCUCCAUGCUAAUGGCCAAACUAAGAGCGCUCAAUGAUCAGCCGGCUCUUGUCUUCGGCGACAUAAUGGAGGCAGCUCUGUACGGUGGAACACGCAUACGGAUUUCCCUAGUUCGCUCAUCAGCCAAAGUUAACGCAGUGGUUCAGUUGCUGCAGCAGCGUCCUCCCGACGAUUACCGCACGGUGAUUCACUGCGCCGAUGAUAGGGAUAUGCAGCGCCUGGAGAUGGCUCUGAAGGAUCAGGGCUACGAUUGCCUGCCCUACUACCAGACUUCGGACCUGGGUGUACGCGAACAGGUGCAUAGUUGGCAGGCGAACAGUCGUGGCGUAAUUUUACUAUGCACGGACAACUGUCCGGAGCUGAGCAUCCGAGAUGCGCACACUCUGAUCCAUCACAGCAUGAGCGUCUCGUGGAGCAAGUUCAAAAUGAGGCACCUCAUGCUGUCCGACAAUCUGCACAACAGUUUGGCGUCCAGGGCCAGUCCAGUGAAGGUGUCAUUGCAUUCGCUGGUGCUCCUUGCCGAAAACAACCACCGGGAACUGCCGCGUCUGGUGGACUUUCUUCAGCUGCACCAGAAGGUAGAUCCCGGCGUAGUGGCGGUGGCCAAGCGUAUACGCCAGGAGAUGGGCAAGGCCAGGAACGACCAGAAAGCUCUGUGCAGCCAGAUUCUAGUGCUGGGCAAGUGCUACGAUCCCGUCUGCCCAGAUCGUCAUCACGUAAGCCAUUUGGACAGACGUCCUGACUAUAUGCCUGCGUCUGGAGAUGUCAAGUUGCAGUUGGUCAAGGUUUACUCGCCCACGCACUUUUGCGUUCGCCUACUGGAGCACAUGCCGCCGCAAGGCAGCUGGCAGACGCUUCCCUCUCCGGCAGUGCAGGAGAUGCGCAUGCAGCUGAAGCUGGAAAAGGAAGCCCCACGCUACUGGCCACUGGUGGUCGGAGCCAUCUGCAUAUACCACGGCACAAUCACCAAGGAGCGGGUUCGCGUGCUGAAAGUGGCGACCAUACAGAACGUCAAUAUAGUCCAAUCCGAUUUGUCGGUGGAAGUGCAGGCCCUGGACACGGACACGCGCAUCUUUUCCACCACCUGUGGACGACUCUUUGAGUGUCCGGAGGCAAUGCAGCGGGAGCCACCGAUGGCCUGCGAUCUGCGGUUGCUCGGCUUGGUGCCGUACUCCGGGGAACGCAGCUGGACUGAAGAGGAUUGCCGCAAUGUCAAGUAUAUGCUGACCCAACUGCCCAAGGAACACUUUCUGCAGGCCAAAAUUCAGUUCUCCGCCGCCGGCACACUGUACGUUCGGGAUCUGGUGGCCAUUGUGUAUGCGGACCAGUUCAAAGUGCAUCUGCGGCAUCUUAAUCUAGCCCAAAGAAUGAUCAAGACCACUUUGGUAAAAAGAUGUGAGCAGGCGACCAACAUGAUCCUGAACUUUUUCGAGGAUGUUUUAAUAGAUAAAGAUAAAGGGGUGGAGGAGGAGAAGAAGAAAGAUGCUCAGGAGUCAAAGGAAAGUGUGGAGAGCGAGCCCAAGGGGACAGUGGAGGAUCCGGAGAAGCAUCCAAGAAGCCUUUUAAGCGGCAGAUGCCUACGGCUGGCGCAGAUUGCUCUUGAGGUGGGCAAGGAGAACCAGCUGCAGCAGGAGUUGCUGGAAUCUAAAUCUACGAUUGAAGACGCAUCAAUAAUCAAUAACCAGAUGGCCAAGCCUUCCACCGAAACUAAAGAAGAUGCCAGGCCGCAGUCCAACAAAGACCCACUUUCCGAGCUGUACGAGUGUUUUAUGAACUGCGCCCGCUUACAGCUGGAAGAUAAGAAAGAGUCCGAACAGAACUCCAGUCAAGCGGCCACCGAUCCGGUUGAUCCAGCUAACAAAGCUCAGAUACAAAUCCAACUACCGCACAAUGUGGUACGGCCAUCGGUGACCUACUAUCAGACCACCACCACCUUGGAGUUUCAGGUGUUCCUGCCGGAAGAUGAUUACGAGUACCAGACUAUGCUCAUUGAAUCGCAGCUUUUCUUUAGGGCAAUUUCAAAGUCCUCGGAACUGAUACAGCAGUUCAUUCUGACCCUUAGAUUGCCACUGGGUGUACUGCGUCAUCGCAUCAAGGGACGCACCGUGUAUAUCAGUAUCACAAAGUCGCUUGCCUGCAGCUAUCCGCUGGCAUUUGCCGAGUACCGAUUCCUUAAGCCCAAUCACGAUGGGUUCGACAAGCAAUAUGACCCCCGAAAAAGGGCCCUGCAACGUUUAAGCCGUUGUCUCAAGGAUUUCAGUUAUAUAAAGCAAGAUAUAGAGCUGCAGGACAGGAGCGAGGAAAGUGAAGAUGAAGAGCGGAAUCUGGACGGGAUCGAGCGUGUUGACUACAAUGAAAUAACCGAUUAAAAAACCAAAAAAUUCACUUUGUUUUAUAAAGUCUCGUGGGAUUUGCUUUUACAUCAAACUACAUGAUUGAUUCACAACAAGUUUUAAUUUUUUUAAACUUCUUUUAAGUCAGUAAUUUGACUUUUCGCUUUAGAGGCCUUGAUUUUAAAAUAUAAUUAUAAAGUGGAAAAAAAUAAAGAACCAUUUUUAAGGGAAUAAGAACUUCUAAAACCUUUAACAAAGAGAAAUUCUCAAGCUUAAAUUAAAUUCUUAAACUGGAUGAAUGGUUUAAAUAAUCCUGUUCAAUAAUAAAAUGUUUAAAAGAUCAAAUACGUUAAGCUACUAACAACUUAUAACUCUUCAAAGAAUAACAAACUGAUCAAACGAUGAUU